AUUCGAUAGUGAUCGAUAAGAAAAAUGGAACGGCAACGCAAACAGCUCGAAUCUUCGUUAAAGGAGGUAGAGUAUUUGUUCUCGUGCGAGGAAAUAAUUCGAUCAACGGGGGAAUUCUGCUCUUCUCUUCGCAAACGGGGUCGGGCAAAGCUUUGCUUUUCGAGCUGCACACCGCUAUCUGUGGGUGCUACCUCGGACGAAGGGCGGAUGAUCAGGGUUGAUGAGAGUCCCGCGGGGGCCGGGGCUGGGGAAGAGUAUGAUUCCGAAGAGGAGCUGAAGGGCUGGACGAAGACAUUGUAAACAGGGAGGGGAAGCAGAGUAAAGUAAAUAAAUAGGAUGGGAAGUAGGACAGGUAGCCGGAGGGUCGAAGGAAGAGUGUAG